CGCGGGGCGCCGGCGGCGCGGUGAUAACGAAGCUGUUUAUAUGCGGCGCGGCGGCGCGCGCGCGCCAGUCAGUCCGCAGCCACCGCCAUGCCGGCCUGCGCGCCCGAGUACAGCCGCCUCGCGCGCUCCAACACCGAGCUCGUGUUCUCCCCGCGCGUCAAGCGAUGCUCGCACCAGCCGCCGCCCUUCACGGCGCUGCGCCGCUCCUUCUCCUCCACCUUCUCUCUCAUCCCGGAGGAGCGCGCCAUCUCCCCUGAGCGCCCGCCGCCACUGCCGCGUAUCAUCAGGAUCAUCACAUGGGGACCCAGACUAAUGCUAAGGCCGUUCUUCGCCAUUCUCAGCCUGAUCGCUCAUCCGGCCUGGAAACAAAUUCUGGUCGUGCUACCUACCUUAUGGAUCGCUGCUUCGUUGUUCUUAUUCUGGAAGUGUGUACAGUGCCCUAUUGGAGUUCUCAAGAUGAUUGGACGUGCCAUUAGCUCAAAAAACCAGAAGAAACCACGCACAGUGCUUAUUAGUGGAGGAAGCUCGGUGCAAGCAUUACAUCUGGCAAGAAACUUCCAUUCAGCAGGUGCAAGAGUUGUAGCAUUCGAGAUAGAGGGGCAAUUUGCAUUGUUAAAAUACUCUGCUGCGGUGCAUAAGUUUUACACAGUGCCGCGACCGAACCCAGCAGAUCCGUUAGCUUAUGCGCGAGCUCUUAGAGAGAUAGUGGAAAGAGAAUCGGUCGUAUUUUAUGUGCCGGUAAGCUCUACAACACCGGCUUAUUACGACGCUCUUGCGAAGUCACAUUUAGAAGUUCUUGGAUGCCAAUGCUUCGUGCCUUGCGCUCGCGAUGUUGUUACAUUGGAUGACCCUUUAGAGCUGAUGAGGGUGUGUCGCGCUGCGGGCCUAGCGACGCCCCAGUUCUGGGUAGUGGCCAACGACGACGAUGUUCGUGCGUGGUACGAUAGUGGAGCUUCAAAGGAGGGAAAACAUUUCAUUGCCAGUGCUGGCGCCCGUGGAGCAAGAGAUCGACUAAGAUUUGUGAUGCCUGAAGACAAAGCCCAAUUUAGAUUUCCACGUGAAAUCAGCGCAGAGAAACCGUGGGUAAUCGUCCGAGAGCCAAAGGGAGAGAGAAUUGUGACUUGUACAACUUUGAAAGAAUCACGUGCCGUCAACAAUGUUUCGUGUCGGGUGGACUCUGCAAGAAAAGGAUUGGUGCCUCAAAGAGAUGAAGAAGCUGACGCGUGGGUGCAACGCUUUGUAUCAUUCCUGGCACCAGCGAGGCCCAUGACUGGACACGUGUCAUUCAGACUUGUUCGCGAAGAACAAACUACAAACGGCCAUAGUAAUAAAUUGGUUGCUAUUGGAGCCAGAGUUGGAGUAUCUCUGCCGUAUUUAUGCCAAGGAUCUGCAAGUUGUGGGCACGCAGCAACAGUGGGCAAGCUGUUGGACACGGUGCUGGACACCCGCGAGGCUCUGUUCACAUUCUGGGACCCACUGCCGUACUGCGCGUACUACCAGUCGCGCACGCCGGACGACCGGAGGCCGCCGCCGCCCGAGCCGUGCAAGACGCCGCCCAAUGUUCCUCUCUGAGGUGUAAUGUAGUGACGUCGUAGGAAUAAUUUAUUAAAGACACUCAAGUACCUGAAGAGUGCGUGAGUGGGAGCUCUCUCGGCGUGUGCCAUAGUUAAGUCGCGCUCUCUGUGUGUUGUUUACUCGUCUCACUUGUGUACCAAGUGCGUGAAUGAGGGAUGAUACGAUAUAUUGUAACUACUAAGUAGAUAUUUUAAGUACCUACAUGUGUACCUAUAAAUAUAAUGUUAUACCUACAUAUUGUUAGGUUUUAAGGAAUAAAAGAGGUCGAUAUUUUAA